AUGGCCGGAUAUCUCUUGCUUGUGAUCCCAAGCAUCCUCAUGAGCUUGCUCUUGUCGAGAUCGCCAUUCAUGAUGACCACUACACCGCAGACGACGAAGCCAUGGGCUGAUGGGCCUAUGAAGCUCAUCCCCACGCCGCAAUACGUAACCAAGAAGACCGACCUCUUCACGACCGGUGCGACGCACAUGUGCUUGCUGCACAACUCGAUCCUCCGUGGAUACAACUCCAUCUACCACCAAGCCCCAUUGAUCCAGGAGGCCGACAAGGCAGACUUUGUGGGAUACUCCCAGGCCUGGUUCAAGUUUGUCAAGUCCCACCACGAUGACGAAGAGGAGUCUCUCUUCACCAAGGUCGAGGACCUGUUGAACGACAAGAAUGUCUUUGCCGAAACGCACAAGGAGCAUGAAUCUUUCCUUGGUGGCCUCGCGGACUUCAACACCUACCUCUCGUCAUUGUCCUCGCCCUCCGACUUCUCCGGCGCUAAGCUUCUCGACAUCAUGAAGGGCUUCCAGGAGCCGUUCGAGAACCACUUCCACAGCGAGAUCAGCACCAUCGCCGGCCUAGCGGAGCACCCGAAUGCGCCGAAGGAGGGGACACCGGAGGCGGCGAACGCGAGCUUGACGUUCAAGACGUGGGGCAAGAGCACGGUGACCAAGGCCGGCACGGCGGAUGUCGUCCCGUUCUUCCUGCUCAACCUGGACCGGACGGUGGAGGACGGGUUGUGGGCGAAUUGGCCGCCCAUGCCGGCGCCGAUCAAGUGGGGACUCAUCAAUAUCGCCGGCGCGUGGCAUUGGGGUUGGUGGAAGUUUGCCAGCUGCGACGCGUCGGGACAGCCGAGGGAGCUGUACGCAUUGCAGAAUGCGUCGGCGGACGACAAGGCGAAGGCCGAGCUCUGA